CUAUUGGAAAAUAAUUGGUUUAAAAAUGGAACUAUAUGUUCAUGGAAUAUGCAUAAACCAAACCUAUUUGAUUUGAAAUGCAUGCCAUAGAUGGUCUUGAGUGGUUUCAAUGAUGUAGAUCUAGUUUGGGAGGGGACAAAACUUUCCUAAACUCAGCGUCCAGUCCGUGCAGAACCUGUGAAGCACAAAAUCUUUUAGCUCGCAGAAACUGCCGGACCUUGUACAAUCAGCGCGGCAAAGGAGGGAAAGAUGAAGUGGAAUGUGCUUUUUGGGGUUUUCUUGCUGUGUUUUCUUGCUAAUAAUCUCAGCAGUGCCAGAUUCAUUCCUGAAGGGGUACCCUAUGAAAAGCCCCCGGCUGUGCCCUACUGGUCAUAUUCCACCACAGAUUUCUGGAACUAUGUGGAAUACUUCCGCAGCAUUGGGGCCUACGAGCAAAUCAAUGAAAUGGCCAGAACAUUCUUCGCCCAUCAGCAUCUGGGAGAUACGCUGGGUUAUGAAGUGGCAGAGCAACAUGACCACUAAGUGGAUGCCAUUUGUUUAUCAAUCAUUGUUUAGUUUCUGCCCCUAGAAACUAAAGAUGGUUAUUGAAAUAUUACGUAAAACACUUAUAAUGAUGAAUCUUGUGCCAUAUUCCUAUAAAUAAAAAGGCCAUAGGAUUCACCGUUUCAUUGUUAUGUUUCAUUAACAGCUUCAGAGUGCAUGAUUGUGAUGUAUCAUAUAUAGGAAAUGUAAGAAAUAAAACAAAAGUCUACAUCCCUA